AUGUAUUUAACAUUCGGACCAUUGGAAUUAAACAUUGGUAGUGCCGAAAUUGAGACCAAAAAAGGUAAAAAAGCCGUUGAAAAGAUUAUUUUCGCAGUUCCCCCUUCCGAACGAGGAGGCCUAAAAAAUAUUUUGGAAAGUAAAAAAUCUGACGGAACCGAAAAUAAAGAAUUCGAAUUAGCGUAUGACGAUGAGGAUUUGGAAAUAGAGGAUGUUGGACCUAAUUUAAUGAUGAGUAGUAGUGCUAGUGAGAGUUCAGACGAACCAGCGCAAGAGAUUAAUUUAAUUACUCUUACUGUUAAAGGAGAACAGGAAAACGAUAAUCAGAAUAAUAUAGGGAAAGACCAAAAACAAUCAGGCGACCAAAAUAAUAAAAAAAGCGGCGAUACCGACAAACAGGCUCUCAUUGAUAAAUACAUUAAAGAAAUCAAGGCCAAAUUACAAGCGGCUGGAAUUAGCGAUGAGCAAGCAAUAAAAAUUGAGGGGCUGGGAAAUAGCCAAGACAACCAGCAGAACCAAACUCCCAAGGGACCAACCAAGGAGCAAAUUGACGAGGCUGCAGAAAAGUUGAAAAAUGCUAAAAGUGAAGAAGAAUUGGAAGAGGCUUUGAAAAAAACUCGUGACACCGCCAAUAAUAGUUCAGACGAGGAAUUAAAAAAACAAAAAGAGGAAAAGGAAAGAGAAUUAGGAGAAAAAAAUAAGCAAAAAGCCCGAGAAAUUAUUCGAGAUGAGGUAAAUGGUGUUUUAGAAGAAAACGGAAUAAAACCAGAGGAUUUAAGCACGGAGAUUUUUAAUGCUAUGGGAGAAAAGGCUCUUGAAAAAUUAAUCGUUGCUCUCGAACAAGCGAUUAAAAACAAAAAUAAAAAUGAAGUUGAAAGCCAAAGCAAAAAAUUACAAGAGUUUGUGAAUAGUCAAGUUGAUUACAAAAAAUUGGCUUAUGAAAAGAAAAGAGAUGAAGUUCAACGAUUAUUAGACCAAGCCAAAAAUUAUUCUACUCAAAAUAGUCAAAAUAAUGAAGGAUUUUUCCGUCCUAAUAAUCCGUUAAUGUGGGUUUCAGGAGUGGCAGUAGUGGGUAUAGUGGCAGGAGCAAUAUUAAUUAUUCGUUCACGAAAGAGAAAAGCAAAACAAGCCCUCGUCCAAGACAUUAAAAAUAAUUUUCAACAAGCCCGGGCCGUUAUUUUCUACAAUUUUCACCACACCGAAAACCGCGAACUCUUCAAAUUAAAAAAAGAAUUGAAAAAAGUGGGCGUAGAAAAAGCACUCUCGGAUUAUUCUUUGGAUCUGAAGCAGGCUAAUGCGUUCAUUUUUUGCCAAGAGGAUGAAUAUAAACCCUUAAACAUUCUUAAUCAGUUUGCCAAGAAGCAUUCCAGCAUCAAACGUUUUCAAGGUGGCAUUUACGAACAAAAAUUAGUCGCCCAUACUCUAAUAGAAAAAUGA